AUGGCGGCACCCGUGCCGCGUACGGAGGGGCGAGAGGCAGGGCAAGAUGGCGGCGUACGGAGGAGCAGAAGCCGGACAGGAUGGAAACGUGCGGAGAGGCGGGACUAUGACAAGAUGGCGGCGCGGGGGGGCGGGGCGAGGGCGGGGCAGGCCGCGCCGAUCCGGGGAAGCAACGGUUGGAAGGUGGAGCGGAGCGGGAGGAUGGAGGGCGGCGAGCGACUUCUCCCCAAGGGCUUCCCCAAGCUGAAGAACGACACGUUCCUGCGAGCAGCGCGCGGGGAGGAGACGGAGCACACCCCGGUCUGGUGCAUGCGGCAAGCAGGGCGCUACCUUCCCGAGUUUCGGGAGACCCGAGCUGCACAGGAUUUUUUUGCCACUUGCCGGAGCCCCAAACUGUGCUGUGAGCUGACGCUGCAGCCACUCAGACGCUACCCCCUGGAUGCUGCCAUCAUCUUCUCUGAUAUCUUAGUGGUGCCCCAGGCACUGGGCAUGGAAGUUGUCAUGGUCCCUGGUAAAGGACCCACAUUCACAGAGCCCCUGAAGGAGGUGGAGGAUCUGCUGAAACUGCGACAGAAAGUGGACGUGACUGCAGAGCUAGGUUACGUCUUUGAGGCCAUUACGCUGACACGACACAGCCUAGAGGGCAGGGUGCCCCUCAUUGGCUUUUCUGGGGCACCUUGGACGCUCAUGUCGUACAUGAUUGAAGGUGGUGGCUCCACUACAAUGGCCAAGGCCAAGAGCUGGCUCUACUGUCACCCUGAGGCAAGCCAUCGACUGCUGCGGCUGCUGGCUGAUGUCAUCAUUGACUACUUGGUGGGCCAGGUGGCUGCUGGAGCACAGGCGCUUCAGCUUUUUGAGUCCCAUGCUGGGCACCUGGGCCCAGAGCAGUUUGAGACCUUUGCCCUGCCUUACAUCCGAGACAUCGCCCAGGCUGUCAAGAGCAAGCUGAAGGAGGAGGCACUGCCCCUGGUACCCAUGAUCAUCUUUGCCAAGGAUGCUCACUAUGCCCUGCAUGACCUGGCCCAUGCUGGUUACGAAGUGGUUGGUCUUGACUGGACUAUCCGGCCCCAGGAAGCUCGUGCACAGACAGGGAAAUAUGUCACCCUGCAAGGGAACCUGGAUCCCUGUGCUCUCUAUGCACCCAAGGAGAAGAUUGGCGAGCUGGUGAAGAAGAUGCUGGAAGGUUUUGGGACCCAACGCUACAUUGCCAACUUGGGCCAUGGCCUCUACCCUGACAUGAAUCCAGAGCACGUUGGUGCCUUUGUGGAGGCUGUGCAUGCUCAUUCACGGCACAUCAACAAGCACAGCUGAGCCUGGGGCGUUGGGACAGGACUCCCGUUUGGGUACAGUCACCUCAAGUACUAUGUUGUCACAGGGCUUGCCUUGAG